AUGGAAGGGUUGAAAAUGAGGUUUCCAAACUGCAUUUUUGCUAGUGACGAAUACGACAAAGAAACUAUCGUGGUGCAAGAUUUGAAACAAGAUGGAUUCGGUCUUCGUGAUAGACUUUUUAAGACGAAUUUGGAAUACGUUUCUCUGGUUAUGAGGACUUUGGCGAAAUUGCAUGCGCUGUCGUAUGUGCUACAGAAAACGGAUCCUGAGAAAUUCGAGAAGAUAGCUUGUUUAUGUGAAGAAGACGUGCAGUACUGUAAGCCAGGACCUGCUCCAAAAAGUAUGCAGUCAUACUACGAAGCGUCCGUCCAUGUCGUACAAGAUGCAGACGCCAGAGAUAAGUUGACCAGACUGACUCCAGAUAUCCUGACGGUGUUGUACAAAUGCACUCGGUCUGAUAAGUACAGUACCAUCUGUCACGGUGACUGCUGGAACAACAAUAUACUCUACCAACACAGGGGUUGUAAGCCAGUGGACGUGGUGUUCGUAGACUACCAGCUGAUGCGAUUUGCAUCUCCAGUCACCGAUAUUGCAUACUUCUUAUACAUGUCCACCGACGGCGAUUUCUUAGACAAACAUUACGACCAAGUGCUCGACAUAUACUAUGGAACGUUGACAGCUGUUCUCCGACAUUGUAAUUUGGAUGUUAAUACUGUGUACCCUAGAAACAUAUUCGAAAAACAACUCAAAGAAUAUUCGGUACUCGGUCUGAUAGAGGCUUUAGUCUCAAUGAUGAUAAUAACGGCACCGUAUGAAGACGCCCUCAAAAUGACUGAGAUGAAAUAUGAACAUUCUGAAGAGGCUCAUGAAGAUGAGUCCAGGGAUAACUUAUUGUUUGUAGAAAGAGUUAAUGGAAUUGUGAACGACUUUUUCAAAAGGAAUUAUUCUUUAGACGCCAUUUUAACUGAGUAA